GUAGAGGUUUUAAAUGUCGACUGUCUCUAGUCCGAGUAGUCCUCUGUUGCUGUAGGGCUGUCAGUUCCACUUCAUCCGCAAGGUCUUUCUCAUCCUUAACUUAACCCCGCCACUCCCCACUCUCUGCACGCCAUUCCGCACACCGCCUGGCCACAGCGCUUCUCCAACCUACAAGUACUUCUACUUGUACCUUCUCUACUUUACAACCUGGGUUAACUUGUCUUCCUCUCUUGUUCCUGCAUUUCACCUACAUCCGGAAAACCAACGAAAGAAUAUGGCCACCACACCAGCAGGGCGCAUGCUCUCGCGCCAACUGCAGCAAAUGCAGUCCAGCAAAGAUAUCCCGGGGAUAAGCUGUGGUCUGGUGGAUAAUAACGUGUUUGAGUGGGAGGUUAUGUUGAUGAUUUCAGAUGAUGUGCAGUGGUAUGGCGGAGGCUUCUUCCGUGCACUCCUCUCCUUCCCCCAUGAAUACCCUCACAUGCCCCCGAAGAUGAAAUUCGAGUCGCCUCUUUUCCAUCCUAACAUCUACCCAACUGGCGAAGUCUGCAUCUCCAUCCUACAUCCCCCCGAAGAAGACAAAUACGGCUACGAGUCCGCCGCCGAGCGUUGGUCCCCCGUGCAAACGCCCGAAACCAUCCUGUUGUCUGUGAUUUCGAUGCUGUCGUCUCCGAACGACGAGAGUCCGGCGAAUGUGGAGGCCGCGCGGUUGUGGAGGGAGGAUCCGAAGGAGUUUAAGAGGAGGGUGAGGAGGUGUGUUAGGGAGAGUUUGGGGGAGGAAUAAGUGUUUGCAUACUGUGUUUGGAUUGAGUGAAGGGUGGUGAGGUUUGGGUGAGGGGAUACUGGAGGAGAGGUGGGCUGAAGGUGAUAGAUGGGUUGCUAUUUGCGUGUUAUUAUGCAUU